CAGUCACUGCCAGCCAUAUCAUAGCACUGAAAAAAGAACACAUAUUUUAAGAUUUUUUCUAAAGUAAAAAGGAAGAUUUUACGACAUUUCUAUUUUAUUAUAUAUCGUGACGUUUUACUACAAGGAGAUACAAUGCAUUUUACAUUACAAAAGCGAAAUAAGACGUGGAUGCCAGCUAUCAAUCUGAGCAUCGUGGGAUUGAUGGUUUAUAUUAUGGCCUGCCCUGCGUCCAGUAUGGAUGUGCUGGUCCAUAACCGCAUCAACGUCCUGAACGGCACCAUGGUGAAGAUCCAGUGCAUCUUCACCUCCUGCUACAAGGUGGACGUCAACAAGUUUGCCAUGAACUGGACCUACCAGGAGAACACCAACGAGACAGAGGAGAUGUUCAUGACCUAUAAGAAGGGGAUGAUGCCCAUGCGGACAGACCGGUUCAGUGACCGGGUGCAGUUUGUGGGUAACCUGGAAAAGAACGACUUGUCCAUCACCCUCUCUGAUGUCCAGCUGUCGGACGAGGGAGUCUAUAACUGCUACGUCCGUAACCCCCCUGACCGCAUCCAGGGCCACGGAAUCAUCAACAUGUUUGUCGUCACAGAACUGCCUCCCCCACGGGACUCGACAAUAGCGGUGGCGAUCGGGGCAUCAGUCGGCGGUGCGCUGGCUCUGCUCAUCCUGUCCAUGGUGGUGGUGAAGUGUAUAAGGCGCCACAAGAAACAGGAGCUCAUCUCUGACGAGCAGAAGAUGGAGGAAGAGGGCAAGCUGGAUGCAGAGGGGGGCACCGAGGAGGGAACCAAGAAAGCAUUCCUGCCUGAAGAUGUAUAGCGACCCUUCCAUGAAUCCUUGUCCAGCAUCUGCCUCACCCCACGCCCCCUCCUUCCUUCCCCUUGCCCAGCCAAACAAAAUUGCCGUUGUGGGAAGCCGACGCCAGCCACGCUACCCACGCCACCCCUGCCUCUGUCUUCAGUCGGCCAUCUUAUCUUCUCUGACAAGAAGCCACAAAAGGCGGAGGAGGCUUGUGGACGGCAGCCUCCAAACGACAUUCCUCUUUCCCCUUUUUCCUCGCUUCUAGUCUCUCUUCAAAUACAGACGUAGGACAUGUGAAGUGCAAUGCAGGACAUUUAAAAUGUGUACUGUAUUUGAGGUUUAAAAAGUGUUCUGAAGUAAUUUACACUUGGACAUUUGUAAUUUACACUUGGAUAUUUUAGACCUGAUUUUCCCUUACGAAAAAUGUAUCAACUCCUAGAGAAAUAUCAAUUCAUUAUGAUUCACGUAAUAAUUAACAUGUCCUGUCGCUGCAGGAUUAUUUUCCUACUGUAGCAAACUGGCACAAAUUAAAACAGCCGUGAUUACUGGGAAAGAUCCUGCUCUCUCUCUCUCUCUCUCCCUCUCUCUUGCUCUCUCUCUCUCUCGUUCUCUGACUCUCUCUCUCUCUUUUUCCUGCUCUAUCACAUUACUUAGAGAUGCAUAAUGGCUGGGGCAAAAAAAGUUCCCACAGCUAGUGUGUGUCCAAAAUGACAACCGUUCUGUGUGAGAAUGGUAUGGAUGGAUUGUUUUUGUCUGUGUGUGUUUGUUUUUUAUGUACAAGGGUAUAAGCUUGUGAAUGACCUUCAGAUGUCACUGCGGGCAGUGUGGGUGUAUACACGUGUGUGAAUAUGCGUUUGAGUGUCCUUAGAGUGUUUGAAGCCAGGGAUGAUUUUAUCAGUCGCCAACCCUUCUGAACCCUCACCUCCAAUAUGAUAUUUUAUCCUGUGUUGCUUCCUCAUACUAAGUUACUACUGCAUCAUAUAUUAGCAUGAUGUUUUUUUGUACACAUAUUAUGACUGGCACAAUUCUGCCUACGAUGGAUGGAUCAUUAAUCUGUUGGUCUUUGAUGAUAUUGUAAUACACAUUGCACAAAAAGCCCAAUCCCCAAAUGAUGUCCCCCUUUUAUCCACCUGCAGUAACCCUUGACACUCAAGUGAGCACGCAGACACAUUGACUAUACGCGAACCAACACGUAAGCUUCGACCACCACAUACAAGCCACGUAGCUGUUUUGCACGUAGCUGUUUUUUCCACAAAAAGAGGCCUACACAUACACACAAGCUGAGCACUUUCAGGGAAAACAGAAUAAGAGUAACAUUUAUAUACAGAUACAUAUAUUUCUAAGUUUUGUCCUAAUACCAAGUUGUACUCUAGAGGUGUGCUUUGAUUGCUGUCGCUAAUUCAGGUGUGGUUGUCGCCGUCUUAAACGAUCAAUGUUCGAAUGUAUGAGACCUCUCUCCGCUGAGGUACUUGAUCUGGGAUGUUCUUCGGACGUUACAUAUUUAGCUGAAUGAGCAUUGCACUUGGUUGUGAUUGUAUUUGGGAGACAACGUGAGAUGUAAUUACUAUACAAUCAAUCAUUCCACGUUCCACCCAUUGCGUUUCAAACUACCUUCUGAGACGUAGGGCUUUAAUUACAUUAUCAUGAGAGCGUGAUCAUGUAUGCAAGUCUGUGAAGGAUCACAAAAAGUAUCCAAAAGGACAGGUGAACGUUGGAAUUGCUCAACAACAUCACAACCGCAAAUGAGUAACAUUAUUUAUUGUAGACAAUGUUUGUAAUAUGUCGUCUUCAUUUGCUCCUUGUGUCUAAAAGUCUUGGCUUUGUAUUUUUUUUUCAACAGACAUUGUUGGGGGAGCAGACAGGCUAUGGGAGUGUAACUGUAGUUAUAUGACUGGGUGCCUCUGGUACUGUCCGAUGUGGUUUAAAGGGCUAAAGCCAGGGGCCACGCUGAUUCUGUGCCCAGGAGUGCCCUACCUCAUCUGGAGGUAGUCUCUGCCUGUCUCUGCCUGUCAUUGGCCGUCUCUGCCUGUCUCUGCCUGUCAUUGGCUGUCUCUGCCUGUCAUUGGCUGUCUCUGCCUGUCAUUGGCUGUCUCUGCCUGUCAUUGGCUGUCUCUGCCUGUCAUUGGCUGCCUUUACGUUAUUCACUGCCAAAGCAUGUUUCCUCUUCUACUUUUUAUUUGUCUCCUCAGAUCUCCUAGCCGUUCUAGUUUUAGAUUUCUCUUGGGUCGAGUAUUGUACUUUGACAUUGUUGAAUUUUGUACUUUAUGCCAUGACGUGGUGGUUGUUCUAGCUGUGGAAACUGUUGUAGCCAUCAUUGCUUGGUCUUUGGGAAGUUGGCCUGAGUUUGAGGAGCUCACAUCUGAACGAUCAUUAAUUAAACAGUGGAAGGUCAAUGCUGAUCUCUACCUGUAGGGCGUACACGCUACCAUUCUAGACUUACUUAAUGGCUAAUGUAAAUUAAUUCAACUUAUGGGCAAUUGUGAGUGUGGUGUGUAAAUCAGCAUGUAGGGAGUCUGAGACAUCAGCUGGAAUCAUGGUGAGAAAUGAGUCUGGGAAGAUUGUUGCCACAACCAGAGACCAUAACUAAGUCACAAUCUGACUUACUUAUCCAAAGUAACCUCAAGAAUUACAAAUAAUAAUCAUUUAUAUUGUACUGUAUUUUAUACACGAACACACACCGACACACACUGCUACCGACGGCUAGGGGACAAAGCAAUUACAUGUAGCCUGAUGAAACAAACAUCACCUCCAUUUCCCCUGUCACUCACUCUGACGUCUCCCCUGGACUCCUGAAUGCCGGGAUAGCUAGCCGGGAUAGUCCCAGAGUUUUGCGUUUUGACUGUCUGUCUCCGUGUGGUCAUGCAUGUUUUUGCUGCAGUUGUUCCUCUGUGACGCAUGGCUCUAACCAGGACCCUCUCGCACCGAACACCAGAAAUGCUUGUCUCUAAUAAUGAGCUGUAUUCAUUAUUGUAUUUUGAAAUAAAAAAUGAGCAUAGAAAUAUUACAGUGUGCCUUUUAUUGUCAGCAAUUGUUUUACGAACCCCUGACAAAUGAGCUC